AUGGAAGUUGGGGCUCGCGUUGAGACAGGUUUUUUUGUGUUUUUAUAUUGUAUAAUAAUGCUUUUUAAAAAAAGUUCAUGUACUGUUCGUGGAUGAGUAAGUUAUGCUGCAAGUUUCUGGAAGAUUCAAAAAUAAAAACCGAGAAAGUUUAAAACAAUUAGAAUGGGCUCAAAUGAAACUUAUUUUCUUCAGAAAAGCAGUUUUUUAUUAUUUUUUUAUUAAUUAGAAAGAAGACGGAUUAUAAAUAGCUUAUUAGACUAUGAAAAAAAGUAUUUUGGGCUAAUUUAUUCAAAAUGGAAGCCUUUUGAAUUUCGCAAUCGUUCAAUUUUGACUUUUUUGCGUAUUUCCUUUCCGGUAGGUUGUUUUUAAAUUAUUGAUAGACUAUCUUGUUAGCCAAAAAUCUAAAGAGAAGUGGUAAAUCCUGUAUAGUUAAAAUGUUUCUAAAUAAAAGCUCCGUUUUUUAAAGAUAAUGUUUCGUUCAGCGAACUGCGGAAAAGGCCGGAUCGCUUUCCGUGGCUCGACCCAAUUUGCUGAUGGAGAAUGGAUCGGCGUUGUUUUGGACGAGCCGAAAGGCAAAAACAACGGAACAGUCAAAGAUGUGGAAUAUUUCAAAUGCGAGCCGAAUUAUGGGCUUUUUGUUCGGCCGGAUAUGGUUGAAAAUAUAGAUUGAAUUAUUGAAAAGAGAAUAUUUUGCAGUUGACCUUGGAGGGAUCGAAGAAGGCUUCCGGGUUGAGGGCUCCGAACACAGCCAGGAAAGAAUCUGUGCCGAUGAGCCGUGUCAGCAGCGCCAAGCCUUCGCCGGGGGUCUUUUUUCAAAUUUAUUUUUUUCUUUCAAUGUGAUUCCUUGAAAUCAUUUAAUCCGACCUUUUUUACUCGUUAGGGAACUUUUUUUAGCCUCUGGUGGAUCUUUUGAUGGUUUCUUGGGGCCUCCUGAUCUCAGAUAAAAAAUUCUUGCUUUAGAUUUUUUUGAUUCAUGAAGAGAGCUUGAAAAAAACGAUUUUUUUGUGAUUUUUUUGUAAAUUUUGAAUCUUUAUAAAUAUAUUAAAAAAACAUUUUUUUCUAGUACUAAAGUUCAGGAGGUCCUACUUAAGAAAAAAAUUUUUCAUCAAAAUUUCAACCGGGGCUGAAAAAGGUUUCCUUGUCAGGUAAAACGGAUGGCAAAAAAAUGGUUUCCCGUAAAAAAAUAUUAUAACUUGCCUUAAAAUUUCCGAAUUUUUUUCAUCAAGUUGUGUUAUAGAAAUUAUGGAAAAAUUCUAUCGGCUUUUUUUAUUGGAUUAUUUCUCACAUUUUCUUUAUUCUCGUGGUUUUUUCAUAACUUUUGAGAAUAUUAACCAUGUUUCUGUCCUGAAAAUUCAAAAUUAGACGGAAAUUAACAGAGCUUUUUUUGAAGUCAUAUAAAAAUAUAUUAUCAAACUUUUGUACGGUUAGAAGCAUGGCAAAAAGACGGGUUUUUUUAUAAGAAAUAACAAAAUUUUUGAAAUAAAUUUAACUUUGUUAUUCAAAUUUAAAAAGAUGGUACAAUUUUUCCAUCAUUAAUAGUUCACCAAAUAAUGUCAUUAUCUGUAGGAAAUGUGAAUUUUUCUCUGAAAAUUUAUUGAAAACUCAAUUUUCAUUGGAAGUUGGAGCUUGGAACAAAGUCGCCCGAAACUUUAUUUUUAUAACCGUUUUUUCCUUCUUAACGGUAGCAAGUUAUAAUUUCAGUCGAGCCCUGGAAUGUCGCCAGCGGCUUCCACCGAGCGGCUGACCAAGUCACAGACUUCUUCCAUCCGGAAACCGGGAUCGACGUCGCGUCUGGCUGAAUCUGUGCCCAAUGAAGUAUUGCUCGAUUUUUUGUUUGUCAAAAAAUGAAUCAUAACCUGCGAAAAUUUUGUGGCCGCUAUAGGGUUUUGACGUUUUAGUGGCCACUAUAGUAGUCAAAUCAGUGGCCACUUAAGGGUUAAAAAUUAGUGACCACUAUAGAGGUCUAAGUGCCAUUACUAGACCACUAAAAAUUUUAGUGGCCGCUUUAGGGGUCAAUGGAUCAACAUAACUGGUCCAAUAGUGGCCACUAUAGAGGUGGGUUUAGUGGCCACUUUAGUGUCCUCUCUAAGUAGUCCUUGGCGAGCCUCUAUAGUGGUCACUAGACAUUUUCCCACUCGUCAACAUUCUGUCAAUGACAAAAUAAUUCCUGUAAAUCAGAAUUCUAGUGUCCUUUUUCAAAGUUAAUCUUUUUUUUUUGAAGCUUUUUCAAAAAAAUUCUCGUAUCGGUGAGCCACAAGUUGCUUUGAUUCCUGUUCUUUCUUUAAAAAACCCCCGGGAAAAAAACUGAGUUCCCCUAAAUGUUUGUAGAGAAACGCGAGCAGAAUCCAAAAAUCGAAAUCGCCGGCACCGGUAGAGUUUUAUCAUCAAAAUAUCGAUUUUCCAUCAAAAUUUUUAUGUUCACUCACCGCUAAUGAACUAGAAGGAAGAAGACGAUUUUCUAACGGAGUUUUGGAUAAUUUUUUCCACUAAUUAAUUGAAAAACCCGCUUCAAACACAUUCGGUUAUCCUUUUUUGCUUGCACUAACUUGAUUUUCGAUCAGUUUUUUAUAAUAUUUAGCCUUAAGUUAUUAGAUUUAUUAAUUGAUGUUCUGUGAAAAUUUCACCGCUUACUUGUGUUUUCAGUUUUGAAACUUGACAUUUCUCGAAACCAAGAAAAUCUCUUUGAGCAUGACUCAUUUUUCCCAUUUUUCAGCCAAGAAUGGUCCGCGAAUCAUCAAAUUUGUCGCAAGCUUCGACGGCUUCUGCCCGCGGUUCCAUGCCGCCGCCAAGGGUAAUCGACAAUUUUUCAGAUCACCAAAAUGAUCCGAAUUUCAGCCCUCAAUGGUCCCUGAGCCGAAAAAGAAGACUUCGAUCGCGGCGAGACCGGCGCCAGUUCCGGCAACGCCUGCGAAUCGCGCCCGACCGACGCCGCCGGUUGAAGCAGUGGUCGCCGAGCCGGCUGACGACGUCCUGCCGCCGCCGGAACCCGAACCAACGCCAGAGAGGGAAAUCCCGACGGCCAGCGUCUUGUCCCGCGCUAAGAAAAUCGACGAAGUAUGGUUUAAAAAUCAAAAAAAGUGGUUAAUGAGGAUAUUAUCGGGUAGAACUUUAUGAAAGCAGAGAAAACUUCAGGGCAUUGAAAUGGAAGGAUUUCAUUUUGAAAAAUCGAACAAAAGCCCUAAAAAUAGGCAUUUUUUGGGCAUUGAGCCAUUGUAAAAAUAAACGUUAAGGUCAAUUAAUUUCAAAAAAUCGUAUAUUUUUCUUUAGUUGUCCUAAAUUUGUGUUUCAGGUACCGGAAAACUUAUUAUGGUGUGCUCGAUAGUCCUAGUAAAACAGUUCACUUAAACAACCUUAAGAGAAGCCUCCAAAUAAGGAAAAACUUAACUUUAGCGUCAUUAGAUAAAUUCAAAAAAUCAUAUCAUUUUCUCUAGGUAUCCUAAGGUCAUGUUCCAGGUACCAAAAUAUUCAGAACUGUAUUUUUGAUGAUCCUAGGUAAACAGGUCUUUCAAAAAACCUUAAGAAAAACCUUAAAUUAAGGGAAAACCUUAACUUUAAGGUCAUUUGUUAAGUCAAAAAAUCAUAUAUUCUUCUGUAGUUAUCCUAAGGUCAUGUUCCAGGUACCAAAAUAUUUAGAAUUGUAUUUUUGAUAACCCUAGAGAAACAGGUCUCUCGAAAAACCGUAAGUUAAGGGAAAACCCUAACUUUAAGGUCAUUUGUUAAGUUCGAAAAAUCAUAUCUUUGGCUGUAGUUGUCCUUUCAGGUACUAAAAGUUUCAUAAUGGCUUUUUGAUUAUUCUAGACAAACUAUGAUCUCAAAAAGCCCUUAGAAAAAUGUCGAAUUGUCGAAAACUCGGAAGUUGUGCAAGUUGGGACUUUCGGAAUUCGGGUUUUCUGGCCAAUUUUCAAAAAUACCUCCCUUGUGAGAAGCUUUCUCAAAAAAAUAGAGAUUUUUUUCAAUUUGAGGAAAAAUUGGAGAACCUGGAGGAAAUAGUUGAGAAAAGUGUGGAAGAAACAAGCCGAUCGAGGUCAUCUUCCAUAAAAACCGUCGUGGUGGGUUAUGGAUGGACAUUUGGGUGGCUUUUUGUGAACUUUUCCCAAUUUUUAGUUGCUUCUGGGUUAGCUUGUUUCUUCUCCUAAGUUGUGGCUUUCGAUUUGAGCUUUUUUUGGAGUUUCUACAAGAAGAAGAUUUUUUUUAAUGAGUUGAGUUCAAAGAAAUGAAUUUUCUGGCUUUGAGAUGAGUUUGAAGCCUUUUUUUUCUAGAAAGGAAGGUCAUUUUUUUGGCUUUUGAAAUUUUCCUGAAGCUUGUAGUACUAGAAAAAAAUUCGGAAAGUCAGAACCUGCCCAAAUUUUUAUUUUUUGAGAAAUAAAGGCCGUAAAAUAGGCUAUUUUGGAACUUUGAGCACUAUUCCUUGAAACAUAGGAAGUUGUGGACUUUCUGAACCUUGUUCUGACCAAUUUUUAGAAAGAAUAGAACAAUAAAGUAAAUUUACCUUCCUUGAAAGGUUCCCAUGGAUUUUCCCAAUUUUUGGCAAGUCAUUUGUCAUAGUUUUCAAUGAAACAGUGUCCGUGUUUUCCGUGAGGAAAAACUGAAAAAAUUCCUCAAAAAGAUAUUUUGAGGCCGGACCCAUCACUCCGAUGUCGCCAAUCUCAACGGCGGCCCCGAAAUCGGCCGACAUAGCCUCCGAACUCGAAUAUCUGCGCCAACAGGUCAAGGAACUCAAUGAGAAGCUUGAAACUUUAAGGUUUACCUCAAGAAAUUCCGAAAAAAAAUCUCUUGAAGAAAUAAACGGAAGGAAGAUCACGCCAAGCUGCUGGAAUAUGAUAGACAGAAAAUCGACAUGAUCGCCAUGCAGGAGGCGACUCGGCGGCUGAACGACACGAAUGUCGAGUUGCAGAGGAAGCUUCUCGAAGCGCAGAAGGUUGGGAUCAGAGAGAAAAAAAAGACAUUUAUUUAUUCAAUGCAGUCUUUAUCAGUAGGUUAAAGGUCUGGAAUCGAUUUUUUCAUGGUUUUUAGUGUUUUUUGCUCCAAAUGUUGAAGUUGAAUGAUUCGAAAGCUUCUGAUAAUGUCUAGGGAUCACUUAAGAGGCCUGGCGCUACUCAGGAAAAAAAAUGGGGGAGCUUCUUCUUUCGGUUCCUCGAAGCGGUUUGGAAAAUUUCCAGCACCUUUACUUACCUUCCAGAAGCCUUUUUCAACUUUUUACCCUCCAAAUACUUUCCGAACAAAUUAGGCUUUUUCAAGGACUUUUAGCUCCCAUUUACCUUCCAACCACCUAUUGGUAACCUUUCCAACACCUUCCUAAAAAUCGCCUGAGCACUAUAGUGGUCCCUAGAAAGUUCUACGACACGCCCGGAGCGCAUGCGGUUCUUCCGAGUAAAUUUUACUUUCUGAGUUUACUAAAAAGCUUUUUUUUUAGGUCGCCUGUAGUCAAAAAUAACUUGGAAAUUGAGUUUUUCAACUUUUUUUUCUGUGGAAAUAAGCUUUUUCGAAGUUUUUAGAAGGGUUUUCCUAGUUCAUUUUCCUGAUUUUUGUAGUUUAAAAAUUUCCUGUCAAUUUCCCUCGAUUACGAAAAGCUUUUUGAUUACCUAGUCAAGAAUAAAAUGUUCUAUUAUAAUCUAUGUGCCACGACUUGAAAUUUUACGAUGUUCCGAUGUUCUGUUGCGUGCGGUCACGAAGCGGCUUCGCCUUCAAGAAUCUCGGUUGCGCUUCUAUUUCUUUUUCUUUUAAAUCAGUACUUGUUUUCACGUGUUCCCAGUUGAAACCGAAAAAAAGCGCUACCGUAGCUCGCAAAGACAAAAACGCUUCGCGACCGCACGCAGCGGAACAGCGGAAUGUCGUUCGGUGAAAUUUCAAUUCGUACUAUAUAUAGAAAAUCUCAAGGAAAAGACAAGAUUUGAGGUAGCCGAUGAGUUGAGAGACUGGAAAAACAGCAACCAGGAUAUCAUGAACGAGCACCAGGAGAUGAUCGAAAUGGCGGCGAUCGACAAGGAGAUGGCCGAGGAGAAGGCCGAGGCUCUUCAGGCCGAUGUUCGUAUCGUUCUAGAAAUAUAUAAUGAGGUUGUUUUGUAGUGCGACCGUCUGAAGGAGCGCGUCGAAGAGCUGGAGGCGGAUUUGGAGAUCCUGAGAGAAGAAAUGAACCUUGGCGGCGGGGAAGGUGGGUUUUCGAGGAAUUUAUAGCGAUAAGACAAAAAAAGAGGGAUUUUUCGGCCUUGGUUGGAAUUUCAAUGACUCAGAGGUAGUUCAAGGCCCCUGAAUCUAGAAAAAAAAUUGCCUGAAACCAAAAAGCCAAAAAAUUCAAAAAAGUCCUGAAAUAACGCUUUUUUACAUGACUGGCGCACCAGAAAUUUCAGCGUGAUCCCUAUAGGGGAUAGGGAGGAAACAGCCCCUAGAGGAGUUGAAAAAGUGGUCACUAUAGGGGUUUAGGGUCUGACCACUUAUCGACUAGCAUGCCCCCUAUAGGGACCACUUUUGCAAGCUCAAGUGAUCCCUAGAGGGGUUUGUAGAGCCCGCAAGGUAGCCCCUAUAAGGACCACUCAAGUUGAAGGAUCACAAAUAGAAAUCAGGAUUUAUUGAGAAACUUUUUUUUUACUUGUUAAAAAGGUCCGAAGUUUCAUCGAAAAUUCACCUGGGGUCUGAAAAAAAACUUCUUGGUACGAUAACGAUGCAUAGCCUGUUUUACUCUGGACCCUCUCAUGUUGACGGGCUGUUUUCAAUUCUGUUACCCCGCUAUUGAGAGAACAGAGACACACAGACACUCGAAAAUUGUCGAACCGAUAAUAUUUUCCAGGAGCUCCCGCUGGAAACAGCGUGCAGAUGAGGCAGGUGGAGCAGCAAAACGAGCGGCUCAAAGAAGCUCUCAUCAAGUUCGAAAGAAGGCUUUUGAGAGAAAGUCUACCCGAGAACUUCCAGACUCCGUGAUCUCAACGGCCAAGCAACGCUGGACAAGCAGGAAGCUGUCAAGGAGGCCGAGAGGCUCCGAAACGAGAAUGCCGAGUUGGUGCGACUCGCCGAGAACCUCCGACGGCAGACCGAAGUCGCCGAGUCGCGGAUCGACGCCUUCCAGGAGCAGGUGCACUUCUCAUCCAGUUGGGGACAGGGAUGUGCGGCGAUUGAUGGAAUUUUCUCUGGAAAAAAAGACGGGAGUUUAGGUAGCUCUUCAAAGAAGGGCAUCUAAUUCAGGGGUUGGGAUUUUCCGAGAAAUCGGCGAGAACAAGAUUCUGAAAGGGCACAGCUUCUUAGUUUUUGAGAAAUAACCCCAAAAUAGCCUACCCUUCCUUUCUAGGAGAAAAAAAGGCUUGAAACUUUAUUCUUAUUGAAACUCCUCACUCAUUUCCUUGUUACCUGAAACAAGUACAACUUAUUUUUUUGAAAGAGGGGCUUCAAAUUCCCAAAAUAGCUCAUUUCCCAUCCAAAACUAAGAAAUUUUGCAGUUUGAGAUUUUUAUGACCCUUCCCGGGUGCUUCAUGAAGUGUUGUGCGCAAUUUCAGGCGAACUGAAGGAACCUCGUUAGAGUUGAGGCAUAAUAAUAUCUCUUGAAACACCUUUUUACGCAGGUAGAGUAGCUUAACCCGUUGCGGUCUUGCUAUAUUAAGAUGUAGGGUUUCAAAAAUUGCACUUAAGGGUUAACGAGGUAUUUUUUAGUCUUUUAUGAAGUUUUUUAUCAUCAAAUUUGCCUCUAAAAAGUUUUUUGACUUUGGAAUGUUCCUGCGCUUGACUAGGCUUGUGCGUCAGGUUGGGCGGUCCGGCCCUGGUCGGCCCGGGCUUCGGGUCUUACUUUUUGCGAAAAGCCAACGAGGACUCAGGCUAGGGUUCGAAUAAAAAUUUGCGCUUUUUGGGCCGGGGUGUAUACCUAAGGGCCAGGUAAGGCCCGGGCGGGCUUGAGAAACGCCCGGGUCAAUAAACUGACGACCGCCUCCCGCACUAGCCUGGGUUUGACCAGGGUUUUUGGUAGGGGAAUAUUUUGCAUUGUCGAGACCACCAACAGUUUUUCCCUUAUAGCUGAUUCACGGCUGGCUUGAACCAUCCAAAAAAGGGUCCUGCAACGAUAAUGCACGAGAUAGUGCCUGGCUCGUGGAGAGCGCAGACACGACACCUCCCCUUAGCGUCCUAAGCUAGCCGUGAAUCAGCUAUACAAGAAUAUUGCAAAAAAGGCGUUCGGUCGCUGCACAUCCCUUCCAGGAAAGAUUUUGUUAUACUCUGGAAUUUAUCUCAACGUAUAGUCAGCUCAAAAUCUUUUCAACAUGGAUCUCCGAACAGACUAUACCAAAUUUCCAACCAGAGUCCAAAUUCAUCUCAUUUUUUGUUAGUGUUGAUAUUUGUGAGUAGUUUGGUUGACCCCCAGGCUCAUCAUUUUGAGAAUUUGCCUAUUGCAGAUUCAGUUGACGCAAUGCUGGGAAGAGGUGGGGAGAGGCCGUAGUAGUUCUUUUUUUGGUGUCAUUUGUGAUCGUCCCUCUCUAUCACUCUUUUCGAGCUGAUUCUUCUGAUUGAAAUGCUUCGAUUUCUCAUCAGAGCAUGAUUUUCCGAGCUGCCUGUGUCCCCAUAGACCGUGUGCUUUGCCUUCAGAUCAACGCCGCCAUGGGCGCCGAGGAGAUGGUGACGCUGCUGACGAGCAAGAACAUGGACAUGGAGGACCGCAUUCAGUGGGAUUUUCAUUGAAAUCAAGAGAAUGUCGGUGUCUUCAGGACGCUGGAACAACAGAUCGAAGACAUGGAGGAGCUGCACGACAUGGACGAGCAGCUCGCCGAGGCGCAGAAACAAACCGAGAAAGACCUCCUUCAUGACAUCGAAGCUCUUCAGAUCAAGAUUUCUGAGGUCUCCGACCAGAAAAAGUCAUCAUUCAGCUCCAAUUUCAGUUGAACCAACAAAUUCGACAAGAACGGCAGCAUUCCGAAGAGCUGUCCAACACGAUCCUCAAGUUCAGAAAGAGGACCGGUGCUUUGAACGAGGAGAUUCAGGAUUACAAGGACCAGGUGAGGAAUGAGAGUUACUUGAGCAGAAGCUGUAGGAUCAAAGGUUGAGAUUUUCUGGAAAAUUUUUUUUUUUGCAAGGUUCUAAGCGGAAAAGUUAGCUUUAAAUAUCAGGUUUUGAAUAAUUUUGAGAAUAAUUUGCGUAAUUUUUAAAUUUUCGUUUGAAAAAAGGUCCCGAAAAUUUGAAUUUUUGUUUUGUGCUUAUUCUUUUUCAAAUUUAUAACCGUUUGAGCUGAGAAAAUAAGUAUUUUCCCUAAUGAGACGAUUUCUAGUGACCUCUUUAGGGUUUUGAGCGUUUAGUGGCCACCCUAGUGUCCUCUAUAAAAAGUCCUUAGUGAGUCUCUUAAGUGGCCACUACGGUCUUUCACUGUGUUUUUAAACGAUUUUUUAAAACAAGUUACAAGUUUUCAUAAAUGCACAAGAUCACGCUUCAAUUGGAAAAACUUGAAGAUGCUCCGACUAGAAGAAGAACUCCACGGGCACAGGAGCGAAGAGAACCAGAUGGCGUCGAUGGUGAGCACCCUCCAGGUGAAUGCGACGCGCGCCUUCGCCGAGGCCGUCGAGCGGCAAACCAACGCCAUCGAGCUGGAGUUCUCCAAGAGACACGCCGGCUACCUCAAGGCCUUCCUGCCGGACAAUUUCGCCAAGGCUGGAGGUGUGUGAGACUGGAUCAAGAUCCGUGUAGUCAAUAUAGAAGCCAAUAUUUUGCGUCUUAGUGGCCACUCUAGUGACCUUUAGGAGUAUAAUUCUGAGACUUCUGAAGAAGCCACUAAAGAUAAGGGAACUUGGUAUUAGUAACCAAUGUAAAGGGUUUCUUCCGCUUUGUAUAUCACCCACCUUUUAGAACUUCAGAAAGCAUUCAUUAAUGUACCGGGGAAGUUCUAGUGGCCACUUGGAAGGACCCUUAAGGACUUAUUAUUUUUAGUUAUACCACUUAGAUUUCUAAGAGCCUUCUAAAGUUUAGUCACUUAAGUGGCCACUGAAUCGACUGAUAUAGGGGCCACUAAAACUUCCUCUAUAGAAGUCACUAUUUUGUGUCUAAGUGGUCACUGUAGGGGUCUAGUUAUGCCACUUGGACUCCUGAAGAAGCCACUAAAGUUUAACCACUUAAGUGGCCACUGAAUCGGAUGUUAUAGUGGCCACUGAAACUACCUCUAUAGAAGCCAAUACUUUGCGUCUAAGUUGUCACUUUAGGGGUCUAGUCAUAACGCUUAGACUUCUAAAGAGCCUACUAAAGUUUAGUCACUUAAGUGCACACUAAACGUCAAAACCCUGAAGUGGCCACUAAAAAUUUCCCCAGUAUUGUGAAAACUUUGGUAACUGUGUCAAAAAUUGACUGGAAAGUCUCUUUAAAAAAAAUUGGAAUUGGAAAUUUCACCAAAAUCGGGUUUUGAGUUUGAAAUAUUGAACAUUCUCGUCAAUAAAUCGAGUUCCUAACUAUUUCGAAAGGCUUCUUAUUCUUGAAAUGGCCAAUUUUCGAAGCUCUUUUCUGAAAAUUAGGACUGAAAUGAGGAUUUCAGGCGACAAUGACUCAGUUGCAAUGUGCGUCUUGUUCCCGCGAAUGGCCGCCAAAUGCAGAUUGCUUGCGAAACUGGCUGCGGAACGGGUGAGGAAGAAAAUUGCGAAUUCACGGUCAAAGUUCAGAAGGACCUAAAUAGAACCUUUGGAAGCCUUUUUUCGAAAUAGACUUUUUUACUAGAAAAAAAAGAAGGAGGCGGAAAAUAGGUGACAAAAAGGAGCUCUAGACCUUUUUGAGGCCGUUUGGACUUGCCUGUUGACUAGAAUACAACUAGGCUUCAAAUGCUCAAAGGAACGGUUUUUUAGUUCCCCCACGUGCCCGGCGGUAUGCGGAGAGAGCACGUGACGAAAUCGCACAAAGGCGAACAGUGGGCUCAUGUCAACCGGGUCGCCUACCUAACCAGUGCUCUCGUCGCCGUUCUGGGACAGUUUGAAAGGUACAAAACUGUGUCAUGUGUUCAAAAUUAUUCCGGUGAUUCCAUACGUCGGCUGGAUCCCACCUCAGCCUUUUGCGCGCGUAAAAAAAGUUUGUAUUCGUACUGAAGUAGGCCGCACUUUUUGGGGGUAAAGCCGCAGUUUGAGAGGCAGGGGGGGUACGCCCCGGGGUCACAUGCAGCCGACGUUUGGGCGAUUCCGAAAAUGACGCGGUAUUCGUUGUAAAGGAUUUCGUGCAACCCCGGGUUCAGAGCUGUGCGUUGGGCCGAGGUUGAUGGCCGAAUCGGCCCACAAUCGUCGCAAUCGCGAGCUUGAAUAUUGAAUAUUUAUUUCACUCCAAUACAUAAAAUAACAUGAGCUAUAAAGAAAGAGGCAAAGUUGGGCAAGAAUUGUAUGGGAGUGAAAUGAGCACCGGUUUUAAUACGCCCUCACGAGCGAAUUUACCGGUAUAGGGAAUAGAACACGUAGAAGGAUUUUUGAUCACAGUAGACGUAAGGGAAUGUUGGAAAAGAGUUCUUCGUUGCUUAGCGAGUCGAGAAACUUUCUGAAACGGGUGGUAGACGUGUUAGGGUUGAAUCUUGAGCAGAGUCUAUUCCAAAGAGGAAUGACAGUGCUAAAAAAACUAUUAAAUCGGGAACCAGUCUGAAUCAAACGAAAAGGAUACCGAGGUGAACGACUUCUACUGAAAAACUUUUCUGCGCUAGGAAAGUGGUAAAUGCCCAGGACGAUUUUUUGAAGCGUUACUAGAGCAAUAGAAGUUCUCCUACGGAAAACAUGAGUAGAACCGAGUACAUCAAGGCGAUGGGAGUAUGUGUCAAAGGAUUUAUUACGUCUCAUGAAAACUUGCCUAGUAUAAUGACGGUAAGGUUUUUCAAGGAGGACGGAAAGUUCUGAAUUUAUAGGCGGUGAGAAGAUUUCAGAGCAAUAGUCAAGAUAGGGUCUAGCAUACAUGUUGAAUAGUAAAUUAUACUGCUGGAUGUUCAAGUGAGCAAAAGCUUUGAGCAGCUGUUUAGAUUUGAGAGUGGCAAUGUUGACUACAUGAUUAAUGUGAGGGCUGAAACACAAAUUUUUAUCGAUAAGGAGACCGAGGUCUCUGACAACAGUUUCAGAUCGAAUAGGUGAGCCAUUAACAUUGUAAACAUGUUCAGGAUUGUUUCUGCCUAGAUGAAGAACAACAGUUUUAUUGGCCGCAACUGGGAGGCCCCAAGUUUUGGACCAAUCGAGCAAUCUAUUUAUACUGUCUUGGAUAGCAUCAGGGUUAUCUGAAGAGAUUUUCAAGUCAUCGGCGAACAAAUAUGAAGUAACGGAAGAAUCAAAGAUAUCUGGGAGGUCGUUGACAAAAAUUAGGAAAAGAAGCGGGCCAGUGACAGUGCCUUGUAAGACUCCUGAGACCACGUUGAAGCUAUCAUCAGAAGCAAGACCAUCAAUUAAAAUCUUAGAUGUGCGGCCAGAGAGGAAAGUUUUAAACCAAUUGACCAUAAGACUAUUGAAUCCGAAAGUUUCUAGUUUGGCGAUAAGAAGGUUGUGUGGGACAUAAUCAAAAGCUUUCAUGAAAUCAAAAUAAACGACAUCGAUUGGUAAUCCCCUACUAAUAGAAAGUUUCCAGUUUGUAACAGAGUCAAGGAGAGCAAGUGUACAACUUCGAUUGUUGAGAAAACCAAACUGACGGGAAGAAAAUUUGAGUUUGAAGCUUGAUUUUAUGUGAGUGGCAAUUAUUCGCUCCAUAAGUCUUGCCAGAGGAUGGGUUAGACUUAUAGGUCUAUAAUUUUUUCAGGAUCAGCCUUUUUUUCCUUUUUUUAUAAAUUGGAACAAUGUAUGAGAGUUUCCAAGAUUGGGGAACAAUACAAGAGAAGUAUGAAUCUGUGAAGAGAAUUGACAGCGGAACAGAGAGGGCUUCUCUACACUGCUUUAACACAUAGAAAUUCAUGAGAUCAGAUGAGAAGCCAGUUUUUGGAGCCAAUUUAGAAAUGAAUUUAUGAAUGUUGAGAGGAGAAAAAUCAGGAUGAACAGAAAAUGGUUUGCCGGUUGGAAAAAUGGAAGGAAUUUCAAAAUUAUUUGAGUUGCGGUUAGUAGAAAAAACGUCAAGAAAAGCUUUUUUCAUCUCAUUUCAUAAUUCAAAUCACAAAAUUUUCCCAAUAAACACAUUUUCGAUCACUCACUCCCCCAUUUACACACUUUGCGAGAAGUUCGAGACAAAAAAGUUCGAAAAAUGGCAAAUUUUCGACCGAUUCGCGACCGCGUUGCAACACUAUGGCCAGCCCGGCUGGCCCAAAGCACAGCUCUGCUCGGGUUACUUUAAAAAAAUGGGUCCUACAACGAUACAACCCAUUAUUAUCUCAAUUUCAAACUGUCACGGUGAAUUUUAAGCGCGAACUCUUUUUUAAAAAUUUUCGGAAGUUUUAAACAGAAAUUUCAAAAUUGUCACCGUAAAAGUUCAUAUACCGCGAUGUAUCGUUGUAGGACCCGUUUUUGUGACGGAAACCUCUGAAUCUUCAAAGUGAUUCGAGAAAGGGUAUCGCGAUACUCUCUGAGGUAUAUCACAGGGAUCUGAAGUUUAAUGAUGGUACCUUGAGUAUACCUUUUAGGGCUUUGACCGAAAUAAGAUAUAUAGAUAGAGCUAAAAGGUAUACUGUAAGUCUCACGAUGGGCAUGUUAUGGGACAUUUAUUUUGAAAGGUAUCUUUGUGGACAAGUUAUGCAUUCGCCUGAAUUGAUUUAUAUUAUCUCAGCGCGGUGAACGAGACGUCGCUGGAGCGGCUGGCGCGACUGACGCAAAUGCAGCCGGAUAUGUCCAACCACGAACGCGUCAUCGACCAGUACUUUGAACUUCUCCGACAAGGACGCUUCGACGACAACUCCUCGCUGGACAACCUCGAGAAGGCGCUUCUCUACUUCCAGGUGAGGAUUUAUGAGAGUGGAAAUGUGUCCUUUUUCGGAAGUUUCUAGCGUUAUCUUCACAAUUCUUUUCCUGGGAAUUGAAAAAAUAUAUAUAAGAGGUUUAAGAGUCUUGAAAUGAGAUUUUCUACUUGAGGACGUCAAUGAUUUUUAAAACAUAUAGAUUUGAACAUUGCUUACGAAUAUGGGAAUCUUGUAAAUUGAAACUUGUUGAAUAAAACAAAAAUUGGAAGGUUUAAAAAGGCCCUCGGUUUUACGCUGCGUAAAAGAGGCUUCAGAAUUUGAAAAAUGGCUGGUUAGAGGUUUUUGAAAAGUAUUGGAGUCCAGGGAAAUGGAAAGAACGGAAUAAGAUAGGAACUGUGAAAAAAAAAAUGAGUUUGUACUAGUUUUUUGAAUGAAUGGUCAUUUUAGUCUUGCACGGACUUAUUUAGAGAAUAUUCAGGAAAAAUCGUAACUGGUCUGUUGGGAGCAUUUUAAAGCCCUUUUUGAAAAAAUAUACGUACGGAAAAAUAAAAUAAUUUUUUUUAGCUCCACAGCUUUCAAAAAAAAAAAACAAGAACUUUUCACUGAAGAGCCCCCCACAUUUUCUACUGAAGUUGAUGUUUCAGAACGUGUUCUCACUGCACAUUGGCGGCGACGGGUUCAACGCGGCCAACUGGGUGACCGGGCUGUGUUCGCAGCUUUCCGCCGGCCUCGCCUACUGUCGGAUCAACAUUCAGCGUCUGGGAUACUUCCUCGAAGUGUGUAGUUUGGUAUUUGAUCGAGGAGACGUGGCUCUUCAACUUGAGAAAGUACAGGAUUCAAAAAAUGUCAUGUGACAUAUUUAAUAGCAGGCGAAACGAGAAUAUUAUGUACAAGAAGGUGGAUUUAAAGGAGAUAAAUUAUCAAAAAAUUAAUGAAUGGCUUUGGAGACCCUCAGAAAAAUAUUUAAGCAAGAAGACGUGGCUCAAGAAGUUGAGAAAGAAAAGACCCUUUUUCCUUAUUUUUUUUUUUCAAGAUUUCAUAAUUUUUCCUAAAAACGUUUGAAGAAGUCUCUGAAUUUACGAAAAACAUGAAGCCCUUUAUGUUUUUUUCCCGACAUCUGUGGACAUUUUUUGAGAUUGUCAUUACAUUACAGUCGUCCGUGGAUUCUGGAGAAGAAUUCGAGCUUCUGAAGACGUUGAACGACGAGAUGUCGGCGUGCGAAAGCGUCGUCCUGAAGGCGUCGAAAUGCAUCCCCAAUGACGCCUCCAAGGCUAUCAAAUUGAAUUCGGAGGUUUCCUAAGUGACAACUAUGGUAUUCAGCCAAGUAUUCACAUGAGAAGUUUGUUGAAAAAUUUAUAGCUCCUCUAGUUUUGUUACCUGAAUAUAACCUCCUAGGUUCUUGCCCAAAACGCUUAAGCGGUCACUUCCAAUUCCCCUCACUAGACACUAGAGCACGAAUGCAAAGAAUUUUGAAUUUUCCAGUUCACCGACGAACUUCUCAACGCCGUCUCCCAGCUGGAUCGCGUUCUGACGAUCCUUCGCGAGGCUUGCAGCAUCGCCAGCGUUCAGAUCGGCAUGAAUACUGGUUGGACGAAGAGUUCAGAAGUAAAAUGGAGCAAGUUUCAGAAGGAGACGGUUUUGCGGCGAGCCGAAUCCGCGAAAUGAUCCACGUCAACGUGGAGAAGACCAACGGGCCGAUCGCCCUCGACAAGGCGUUCGAGCCGAUUCGGUAGGACCGUUUUUCGAAGUGAAGAUGGUCGCGUUUGGAAUGGCUAGAGGGCCGGGCAAAUAUUUGGAAUUGAGUGCGGCGAAUUGACCCUUUUUUCUCUCGAAUCAACAAUCUUUCACCGAGUUAGAGCAGUCCCUAUAGGGGUCCGGGGAGAAACAGCCCUAUAGGGAACGAGAAAGGUCCCCCAAGUGGCCUCUAUAGGGGUUAAGAGUCUGACCCCUUUGGCUCUUAAAGCUCAAGUCCCUACAGGUUUUUAUGAUUUUUGGUUUGGAAAACUUGAUCGAUCCUCUGUUGAUGUUUUUUUGUCAAGUAAUGACAAUUUUUUGAGUUUUUCGCAUUGGAAUGCUCUUUCUUGUGGAGAUGUUCUAGCAUGUCUCCCUAUCGGGGCCACUAAUCAGAUUCCUUAAGAGAAGCUGAAGUUGUCCCUAGAGGAGGCUUUUCAAGUGUCCCUAAGGUUGUCCCUAUAGGGACCACUCUGUAUUUUUUGUUUGAAAGGCAUUAUCAUUUUUACUUUUUUCAACUAUUUUCUUGAUGCUUUUGAUUGAGAACUUCGAUAAUAGCUCUAUUUAUACAUUUUUUUUUUUUAGAAAGUACAUGUGGUCGUUGCGUUCGAGCCUCGAAAAGACGGUUUCAUCGCUGGAUGGCGGAAAGAUGGAGACCGACGUUCCGGAGAAAAAGGUGUGGAGAAAGUGGAUUUUUUUUCUGGAAGAUUAGAAUCCUGAAUAUGGCCCUCAUUGUAGUAAAAAAUGAUGAAGGACUUCCAAAAAAGGCAUAAUUUUUGCUCCAAAACACUCCCCUCAUUUUGACGAUUCACAGAACUUCCCGCCGCUUCUGGACCGCGCGCAUCAACGCAAGCAAGCCGCAUCGGAAGCCGAAGGUCUCCGUUGGCAAAUGGAGAAGAAGGACAACGAGAUUCUGGAGAUGCGCAAGCAGCUCAAGGCUCGCAUCGAGGAUAUCAGCAAUUUCAAGGUGAUUUUGACAGGAAAUCUGAGAAAUUUGAUGGUGUGUUCAUAGAUGCAACGGAAAGGAGUUUUGGGGCCUCAAAGUUGCUUCGAAACAUUUUGACCUUGGUAACGCUGUUUUGGACGUCUCUGGGCUUUUCUAGGGAUCACUUAAGAGCGGAGAGGUCACUUAAGAGCUUCUGAAGGGGUCACUAGAAAUGACGCGCUUCUGGGCGUCUCUAGGGAUCACUUAAGAGCGCUGACGCUACUAAAAGGGUACUAGAAAUGCUCCGACACGAACGUGUUUCAAAACAAAAAAAAUUGUUAGGGCAUCAAAUUUGCUUCGAAAUACUCUGAUCUCGAUAACGUGAAACGGAAGCGUUUCUGGGCGUCUCUAGGGAUCACUUAAGAGCGCUCACUCUACUAAAGGGGUUACUAGAAACGUCCCGACACGAAAAUGUUUCAAAACAAAAAAAAAGUGUUAGAGCAUCAAAUUUGCUUCUAAACACUCUGACUUGGGUAACGCGAAACGGACGCCCUUUUGGACAUUUCUAGGAUCACUUAAGAGCGCUGACGCUACUGAAGGGGUCACAAGAAAUGCCCCGGCACGUCCAAUUUGCGUUACCAAUGUCCGAGAUCCGAUGGGAUAUUUUGGAUAAAAUCUACUGGUUGUACUUCUUCUAGCUUUGAAAAAAAUAUUCAACAUGGUAAAACCAAUAAACCUCAGCUUCGGCUGGACAUGUCUGAGGCGCGAAUGGACUCUGCCGGCAAGCAAGACAACGCCAAGGCCGAACACCUUCAGACCAAGAUGGACCAACUCGUCGCCGACCACCGCAAGCGACAAAUGUUCAUCUCCUUCUCUUAAUCAGAAGAUAAUUUGUCAGUUUAGCGAGUACGAAGAGACGAUGGACACGCUGCAGCGCGAAAUGCAGGAUCUGAUGAACGAGAACGCCGAACUGAAGCAGCGCGCCAAUCAGAUCAGCAAGCAGGCUCUUUGGAAGGUAACUCUCAUGCUGAACAGGGCCAGCCGUAUCAUCGGGUGCACCCGUAUUGAUCCUGUUGAAAGCCCACAACUUUUCGCAAAGCUGAGCCCAGUUGGGUCACAGAUUUUCGAAAAAUGAACACAGCUGUGCCCAGUAUGGGGGAGGGGGUUUAUAGGGUACACCCGCUGAGACACUUGAAGAGCCCUGUGUGUGAAGCAGUUUUUCAAAGAAACUUCUUCAGAAUCAAGCUAAAUUCAAAUCGGAGUUAAAAAUUUCCUGAAAAUACCCCUAAUAUACCAAUUGAAGGUCCUGAAAUUUCAACCUGCACAAAUUCCUGGUUUUUGUGAGAUUCAAGCUCAAAGUUUUAUGCUCCACGAAAGCUUCUUCUAAAAAAAGACCUUCUAAGGGUCCUCAACAGAUUUUUUUUCCCAUAUUUAACAAAAAGUUGCUGAAAAGAAACUGGAGAGCUUAAAGGGUCUGCUGAGGCUAUGAAAAAAAGAAGCUCAAAAAGAGUUUUUUUACAUUUUUGGAGCUUUUAGAGGAACUUCUGCAACUUCUUCUGAACGGAAAUUUUCCAUUUUACUUAUAUAAUGAUACUUUAUAAAGCUUUUUGAUGAUUUUCAUCGACUUUGAGUUGUUUUUCUCAAAAAAUAGAAGUUUGUGCAGGUGGUUUGUGCACUUCCAGAAUUUUCAUCUUUUUUUUUCAAAAUGUUUUCCGGGAUGGCCUUCCUUGUGAGCUGGUUUCUUGAUUUCGAGAUCAUCGUCGGCAUAAAAUUGACUAUGAGUUAGAGUUCGAAAACCGUUUCCUUUCCAGGGAAUCCAAUCGAUGGAAGCGCGAACGACGAAUUCGCCAAUCACCGCGACUCCGAUGACGGGUUCAGCGUCGCCAGCCGGUGUCGCGUUUGCGAACAUGGUCGGCGGAGCGACGCGAGGCGAAGUCGUGUUCCUGGAGACGCGACUCCAAGACAUGCGAGCGCGACUGAAGCGAGCUGAUGUCGAGAUUAUGCGGCUGAAGGUUUGAAGCAAAAAUAGUAAAGCUCAAAAAACCACGGGAAGAUCGGUGAUCUACGUAUCAUUCAUUCAAAUAAACACUUUGAACUGUUUAAGGAAAAUUGUAAUGAUAAUAAUUAACUGAAAAUCAAUCGCGUAGAGUAGAAAUAAUUAGGCGAAAAAAAUUCCACUAAAACUUUCGAAAUUGAAGAAAUAAAUGAGCGAAGAGCUUCAUGGAACUCUUCGAUUUUGUCCGGAUUCUUAUAGCUGAUUCACGGCUGGCUUGAGCCAUCGAAAAAAGGGUCCUGACACGAUAAUAAAAUAGAUAGUGUCUGGUUGGUGGAGAGCGCAGACAGGACACGCCCCUUUAGCGUUCCAAGCGUGAGUACAUCACCACUUUCCAGACGGAACUGGCUCAAUCCGGCUUCAAACGCUUCGGUGACGUUCCUGGCCUCAUCUCCGGCCCACUGUCCCUCGAGCAUCAGGACUCCAGGCUCAAGCUUCUCAACGAACUGCACAAGGAGGCGUUGGCCUUGAAGAGGGUCAUCCAACCUCCCCGAAAAUGUUGAUCAACGAAGGCUAGUUUCAGGACGAAGUCAAGUAUUGGAUGUACGUCCCUGACGCGAAACUGCCGGUGAACAGGCAGCGCGAAAGCCGCGAGAAGUGGGAGCGUGAACGGGAGAUUUACGACGAUAAGAUUUAUACGGUAUUUUUACUGAUCCUUCUAGGGAAUAUCGAUUUUUCAGCUCUACAAACGCCUGCGACAAGGCUGGAACGACCUGUAUCCGGGAGAGGAGUACCCCUUGUCCAGUGCGACUAGUUGCAAAACCGGUUGUCACCAAGGUUUGAAAGGGCUCCUUUUUUUUUGGGGGGUUCAGCUGAAUAGAGAUUUUGAGGAACCGAAAACAGGAGCUUGUCAAGCAGCCUAAGCCUACCUGAAAUGAGUUUUUAAGUCAAAAAUGAGCCGACCUCAAAUUAACACAAUCAGUGCGACUAGUUGCAAAGCCAGUUGUCACCAAAGUUUAAAAAGCACCCUUUGGGAGGGGGCGGGGGGUUGGUUCAGCGAAAUAGAGAUAUUACGGAGUCGAAAACAGGAGCUAUCAAAGGCCUAGCUAAAAUGAGUUUUAAGGCUAGAAAAAAAUGAGCUGGUUCCGAAAAAACAUUAUCUUUUUAUUGUAAUAGAGAGUGAACACGAAAAAGUGACCCUUUCUCUGAAAAUGAAUUUAAAAGUGAGAAAACAUACUCCGUAAAUUUCUUGUAAUGAUUUCACUACAUUGACUUUGACGGUUCAAUUUAUUCAAUUUAUUGUCUUUUUUGUGUUUGAAACGUUUUUUAUCUGAAAAAUGAUUCCUUUUUUGGGAACAUAAGCUUUUUUUAAAAUUUAUUUUCAGGAAAUUUAGUCCCUAUUCAGAGAUUUUUAAAGUUGGGAUCAAUAAAUCCUCCUCUUUGGAGCUUUUCGAAAAAAAAAGUAAUGUAUUUUCGAAAGCCAAGCUGAAAAAUAAACAUUUUCAUAACUCUAAGCUUCUAGACCUUAAUAAAUCAAUAAACGCGCAAUAAUCUUCAAGAACAAUUUUUCAGAGAACGGCGUUACAAAUUUUUAGAAAAAGCGUCUUUUACCGGAAAGUUUUUGGUUUGAACAUGAACCGACUAUUGAAUUUAUUCAGUCCUUUAAGAAAAAAAAAAGCAAAAACUUCCAGGUUGA